CAUAACAUUGAUCAAUAUACCAUCCCACCAUGUUUGACAACAUCUGUGUUAUGCAUUACAAGCAACUUGUUGUUAUAUUGUAUAUUGAGAGUAACUGCAGCACUGCAUGACGGUGGUAGUGUGGCUAGAGGCUACCUGUACACAGAGCGCCCCGGGUGGAGCGUGAGGCCCCGGCCACACACACACACACAGCGCCCCUCGUCCAGGCUCACGCAGACUCCCUUAAGGGUGACGGCCGAAAUUGAUUGGCACAGCUGGCUUGACAUAGAUUGACACAGCUGGCUUGACAUAGACUGACACAGCUGGCUUGGCGUAGACUGACACAGCUGGCUUGGCAUAGAUUGACACAGCUGGCUUGACAUAGGCUGACACAGCUGGCUUGGCGUAGACUGACACAGCUGGCUUGGCGUAGACUGACACAGCUGGCUUGAUAUAGGCUGACACAGCUGGCUUGAUAUAGGCUGACACAGCUGGCUUGGUGUAGACUGACACAGGUGGCUUGACAGGCUUGACACAGACUGACACUUGAGGCCCCAAACAAGAGUGUGGAGCAGCAGUCAUGCCUUACGCUAACCAACCCUCGCUGAACCUCAUGGAACUCUCUGAGGAGAACAUCAAAUUUUUCAUCGAGGAUACAGAUCUAAGUGUGGCCAACAGUAUCAGACGAAUUCUUAUGGCUGAAACUCCCACUAUUGCAAUUGAUUGGGUCCAACUUGAGGAGAAUUCAACUGUCUUGAGUGAUGAGUUCAUUGCGCAUCGCAUUGGUCUCAUUCCUUUCACAUCUGACGAACGCAUUGAGCAGAUGCAGUUCUCUAGGGACUGCUCAUGCACAGACUACUGCCCAGAAUGUUCGGUAGAGUUCACUUUAGAUGUCAAGUGUCAGGAUGACCAUACACGUCAAAUCACCACAGCAGAUCUCAAGUCUUCAGAUGCCAGAGUAAUACCAGUCACCUCACGCCACCGUGAAGAUGAGGCCAGUGAAUAUGGUGAAUCUGAUGACAUUCUUAUCGUUAAGCUUCGCAAGGGUCAGUCAUUAAGACUCCGAGCUUAUGCUGUUAAAGGAUUUGGCAAGGAGCAUGCAAAGUGGAACCCCACAAGCAGUGUAGCCUUUGAGUACGACCCAGACAACGCUCAGAGGCAUACUCUUCUCCCAAAGCCAGAAGAAUGGCCCAAGAGUGAAUACUCAACCUUGGAUGAAAAUACACCCCAGGCAGAGUUUGACCCAACAGCCAAACCUAACAAGUACUACUACAAUGUGGAGAGUGCAGGAGCGCUCAAACCAGAGAAUAUCGUCCUGAUGGGGAUUGCAGCUCUUAAGAAGAAACUAUCAGAUUUGCAGAACCAGUUAAGCAUGGAGGCUCAGUCAGAUGCAUUGGCCAUCAAUUAAGUUUUGUUACACACACACCACACACACUCACACACCACACUCACACACACCACACUCACCACACACACCACACACACCACACACACCACACACACGCACACGGCUUAUUCAUUCUUUCAUAUUAGUUAAAAUAAUUAAAGAUGAUAUUGAUUGUUUUGUGUGAUCACUGGUGUGGUAGCUUAAGAAAAGAUUGUUACAGUAGUAUUUACAGUAAUAUAUAAUCUUUGCCACAAAUGCUUUAAUUACUGUGAUUAUUAUGUAUUUUUUGUUUAUUGACAGUUUUUGCUGAAUUUAUAAAGGUAGUAUACAUUUUUAUUUGCUCUGGUCUCCAAUUCUAGUUACAUAGUUUAUGUAAACAGCAGAUAUGAGAUGGAUUUAUUCCACAAAUAUAAUGAUUCAAGAAUGUACCGUGCCAUAUCCAUUGUAAUAUUACAAGAUGGAGGGGGUUAUUUGUAGAGUUCUAUAUCAUUUACAGUUGUGGGGAUUCCUUGUAUGUGUAGCAUUUCAGGCAAGAAUAAAGCCAACAAUUUAAGACUGUGUAUUGAUUAGGCCAAACAAAAAAGUAAAGUUAGUUUCUGUACACGAAAUAAAUAGAAAAUAUGACUGGUCGAUCAGAAAGCUUUUCAUUGUCAAUCUGUUUUUUUUUUUUUCAUUGACAGUAGGGGUAGUGGUGGAGUAUAUAUAUAUAUAUAUAUAUAUA